UGUGGUCAGUGUUCUCCACCCGUCCAGAGGAUAGUGUUGGUGUGCUUGGUGCUCCCCUCACACUACACUGUGCAGUGUAUGACUCCAGCCGCCAGGGGGCACUGUCUGUUCGAUGGGAAAGGGCCAGCGGAGAGGCAGCAGCACUGAGUCCUGGUCCUGACAAAGGGAUCCACCAAGUGGCCAACGGAUCUCUGUUCUUCCCCCAGCUGAGAGAGGGGGACCUGGGGAGAUAUGUCUGUAGUGCAGGCAUUGGAGCCAAACACAUCAGGACUGUUGUCCAAGUGAUGGAAGCUGAGCUGGAGGCAGUGUUCUUUAGUCCUCAGUCUCAGACGGUCAGUGAGGGUCAAGCAGUGUUCCUCCAGUGUGUCUCAGGGAACAGCUCACCCCCUGCACACAUCACCUGGCUCAAAGACAACACACUCUUCACCAAAGGCACUCAGAUUCAGGGCCAAUAUGGAGGGGGUAACCAGAGGAAGACCUUAGGCACUCUGCACCUCUCUAAUGUCUUAAUAGAGGACGACGGGGAAUACGUCUGUGUCACACACAACGCCUUAGUGAACAGCAGCCUGGAGAGCAAGGCGGCUACACUCACUGUACAAGGGCGGCAGCCUCUAAGCAAAGCGAAGGAGUUGAUUGUCGACUUCAGGAAGCAGGGAGGAGGACACGCCUCGAUCAACAUCGACGAGGCUGUAGUGGAAAGAGUCAGCAGCUUCAGGUUCCUCGGCCUCCACAUCACCGAGAAGAUCACAUGGACUGUCAACACCACCGCCCUGGUCAAGAAUGCGCAACAGCACCUCUACUUUCUCCGACGGCUCUCCAAAUUGUACCGCAGCAUCAUCGAGAGCUUCCUGACAGGCUGCAUCACGGCCUGGUACGGAAACUGCUCUGUUCACAGCCACAAAGCCCUUCAGCAGGUGGUAAAGACAGCCCAGUACAUCACGGAGCCGUGCUCCCCACCAUACAGGACAUCAAAGGACCUCGCUCACCCCAGCCACGGACUAUUCCCUCUGUUACUGUCUGGCAUACGGUACCAGAGCAUCGGGUCCCGAGUCCCUACAGGGCUGCAGAUCACUCAGGGCCCUGACAACCUCACCAUCGCCAUGGAGACAGAGGUCUCCAUGUGCUGUGCUGCCCGAGGCUUCCCAGCUCCCACAGUGCAAUGGUUCAAAGACAGCCAUCUCCUGGUGAACAGCUCCGGCUUGAGUUUGCAGAACAAGGGACAGCUGCUUGUGUUCAAGAAUGUGUCUGAGGAAGAUGAGGGUUCCUACCACUGUGAGGCCAGGAAUGAGAGGGAGACAAUCAGAUCUCAGCCUGCCUAUCUCCUCCCAGCAGUGAUGGAAUGGAGCUUUGUCCUGCAGCCCACCAACCAGACAGUGAGGAUGGGAGACUCUGUUACUCUGUUCUGCAGACCCCCCUACAGCAGGCCUCCAGCCACGGUGUCUUGGUUCAAGAACAACCGCCUCCUCACUCCCAAGACACACUUCACUGUUGGGCCUAAUGGAGACCUCAUCUUCCACAGUGCCCAUGACACAGACAGGGGAGUGUACUUCUGCAGAGCGUCCAAUGUCCACCUGUACAGAUCUGUGACCUCUAGAACAGCCAGACUGACCGUUCUCGGUAAGACAUCACACAUGACGUAGGCUUAUUAUUCACUAGCCUUGUGUCUGUAUAGGAGAUAUUAUAUUCUGUGUCUGUAUAGGAGAUUGUAACGGGGCGUCGUAUAGAGGGGACCAAAACGCAGCGUGUUGAGUGCUC